CCACCAUGCCACCUACCGCCGUCGGGGCAGCAUCUUUGUCGUGUUGUUACUGUUGUGUGAUUUUUUUGUGCGUUACUGGGCAGCGGCCUGGCGUGGAACUGAGCCUCGAGCUACUGUCGACUGUUCAGGGAUGGGAAUUGCUCUUCGCAUUUCCAACAAGCGGCUCCGGCGUCCGGCUGUUGGUGUCGGCGCCUCAUGAGCCGCGGACACAUUGGGCAGGACCCAGCGACCUCUGCUCCCCUGGGCUCGAAUUCCGCUUUGCCGUCGCGCUCUCUGAUGUCACCACUGCGGGCCUAAGCCUCGCCACAAAGGAAAACUUACCCGCGGACUCGGAUCAGGAACCCAGAAAAAAGGUGAAAAUUAAGCUAAAGGCACACGAUUUAGCAGAAAAACGAACGGUGUAG